UAUUCUAAACUCAUAAAACGAAAAGGGAGAGCAAAAAUCUGCAUUAUAAAAUAAAAUUAAAUAAAAUAAAUGGAAGCCAUAGCUGUACUGAUACUCACCGGAAUCACCUUCGCCGUCACAGCUCCGAUUGUUUCUUCCAAUCCAUGUAGACCGGCUUUAUGCGAUGUGAACAUCGGACCGGAGGUGCGGUUCCCUUUCCGGUUGAGGGGGCGGCAGCCGAACCGGUGCGGUUACCCUGGGUUCGAUCUGUACUGCAAUCGAGAGAACCAGACGAUGCUGCUGUUGCCGGAAUCGGGGGAAUUCAUCGUCGACCAUAUCGAUUACACCGCCCAAGCUGUAUUCAUCAACGAUCCGGAUUUCUGCCUCCCCCACCGGAUCCUCAAUUUCAGCCUCGCCGGCUCCAAUUUCCGCGGCGCUUAUCCGAGGAAUUACACGUUUUUGAACUGCUCGUCGGAUUACCUGGACUACACAGGGAGCCAUUACACGCCGCUUUUCUGCCUCAGCGGGAGGAAUCACACGGUUCUGUCAAUGGAUUCGCGCUCGUCGGGGAUGCAGAUACCGGAGACGUGCCGGCCGAUCGGGAGCGUCGUGGUGCCGCUGGAGUGGACAUUGUCGCAAUUCUACUGGUCGGCGAUGGAUUUCCGGGAGGAUCUCGAGCUCGUAUGGAGAGAACCGGCGUGCUCCAGUUGCGAAACCCUCGGUGGAGUUUGCGGGUACAAGGGGGAUCCGGAUUCGAAUCCGUACCCGGAAAUCGGAUGCUUUAUGCCGUCUAAUUCUAAAUCCGGUCUUCCAAGAAGUGCCAAAUACGGCAUUAUAAUUGGAGUUGGAAUACCGGGAUUGGUAUGCAUCAUCGGCCUUGUAUGCUAUGCUUUUGGCCUUAUCCGAGCCUUCACUGCCCGGCGCCGCGACAGCAGCAGCAUCAGCACCCGGGGCGACCUCCCGGUUACAAUAUUCAGUGAUCGUCCCACCAUCAGGGCUACCAACGGCCUCGACAGGCCGACAAUCGAGUCUUAUCCGACCACCGUGCUUGGGGAGAGCCGGCGGUUCCCCAAGCCAAGUGAUGGAACGUGUCCGAUUUGCCUGUCGGACUAUGAGCCUAAGGAAACUUUGAGGAGCAUCCCGGAAUGCAAUCAUUACUUCCAUGCUGACUGCAUUGAUGAGUGGCUUAAGCUCAAUGGCAGCUGCCCGGUGUGCCGGAAAUCUCCAGAGAGCUCGGUUGGGACGCCGUGCUUUUCAGUCUCGACAUCUUCUUCUUCGUUGACGGCGCCGCCGGAUAGCCGGUAAUGUCGGUUAUCUUGCCGGCAUUGCCCACAGUUUUGUGUGUUGGAUGAAUGUGGUUGGAUUUGGGCAUAGGGAUUUCUGUAGAUAAUGAAUGAUUUGUAUACGUGAUGAAUAAACAGCAGUAAGGUAGAUUCAUAGUGUAUAUAUAGACCAUACAAAUUAUCCAAUUGCUUGAAAUUUUAAGUA